AAAAAAAAAAAAUCCCGUCUUUCUUCUCUUCCUGGUUCCUCAAAUUUUCGUUUAUUUUUUUAGCUUUAACAUAAUGAAACAUUCAGUGAAUCGACCACCAACCCCAGAUGGUGCUGAAGAUCAAGGGAAAGAACCCACCCUUCAAGAAAUUAUUAACAUAAAGUUAAUUGAGAGUGGGGAAAAAGAGAGGUUAAUGGAGCUGUUAAGAGAAAGGCUCAUAGAAUGUGGAUGGAAGGAUGAGAUGAAAGCUCUUUGCAGGGCAUAUAUUAAGAAGAAAGGAAGAAAUAACGUCACUAUGGAUGACCUUGUGCAUUUGAUCACUCCGAAAGGAAGAGCUUCCAUUCCUGACUCCAUAAAGACUGAGCUAUUGCAAAGAAUUAGUUCUUUUCUCACAUCGGCUGCUCUUUGACCGUCACCAUGCUUUGAUUAUGGCAAAGGGGGAAAGUUUUAGAGCUGUCGCUACAUGGACUUCAAUGGAAACCUGAUUAAGGUUUGGCUUUAUCAAAUACGUCUUGUUGAAUGGUUAAGGAAGACGUUAUUUACUUGAAAUGGCAGAAUAGCAUUAGACCAAUGGAAUGAAUAGGAUUUGUUGCAAGUUAGGUGGAAUUUCAUUUAUCAAUUCUUGCUGUGAUGCGAUCAACAAGUUACAGAUGUUUCCAAUUGUCAACUACCGUUUCUAUUCCUUGUUACACUCAUAAUGGCAUGAUCAACGAGUUCAUGGUAGAACUAUGUUAACUUGUUUCUUUAGGUGUUCGGUUUGAGAGUGCCCCAAUAAUUCACUUUCAAAAUGAAAUUGAAAUGUCAAUUACCACACCAGCUACAAUACAUAAAACGAGAUGUUGUGUCA